UCGGUCUUCGUAAAAUCGUAUGCGUGGGCGUUAUGGGUUUUAAUGAGCUCUGGGGUGAUGGUCACGGGGAUUGCAUAUUGAGGUAAACGGAAGUGAAGACUGCAGGCCCCGGCGGAAGAGCCACGGGCGCAUGCGCGGACAGAAAGCACGUCGGCGUAAUUCAAUGAGAGAUGGCAGGACCCUAUUUUUCUUCAAUUUAAGGGCAGCGAUCGCUCGUCCCGCCUCGGUCGACAGAUAACCAGAAGACAUUGGCAGCAAAGAAUACUUCAGUGGUCAGAAUCGACGUUUGCCAUCUUUCAAAGAUUAAAGGAGAACAUCACAGGGAACAGAUAUCACACAGAAUAUGUAAACACAUGGUGGAAUUACUGUGGAAUAUUUCUUCCGAGUAAGACUGUUAGCGAAAUAUCUCUACUUCACUGUCUGGAAUGUUUUGAAGAUGAUAUGGUAUUCUAAUUAAACUUGGAUGACAAAGGAGUUUGAGGCAUCUUCAGAUAACAGAAGAUUCAGGAAAUAUAAAGAGAAUAAAUAUUUGUUAAUAAAAACAAAAUUUAGUUCGGAAAAAGUAAAACAUCUGAACAUUGUGGUAAGAGGAAGAAAAUGAUGGAAAACGAAUUCUGUGAAGGCGGCAGUGUUAAAUGUAAAUCAGAGUUGGACAAUAAUGAUUUUCUUGAUGAGAAGCGAAAAGACGGAGGGCAAAAACCCUAUUCUUGUGAUAUAUGUAAAAUGUCAUUCUCUCAAAAAGGUAAACUCAUUGUUCACAAACGUGUUCAUACAGGAGAAAAGCCAUAUCGGUGUGAUAUCUGUGGUAAAUCAUUCUCUCGAAGUGAUCACUUAUCUAGACACAAACGCAUUCAUACAGGGGAAAAGCUAUUUGACUGUGACAUUUGUGGUGAAUCAUUUACUCAGAAAGAUAUUCUAAUUAAACACAAACGUAUUCAUACAGGAGAGAAGCCAUAUCACUGUGAUAUCUGUGGUAAAUCAUUCUCUCAAAGCGAUCACUUGACUACACACAAACGCAAUCAUACAGGAGAGAAGCCAUUUAACUGUGACAUUUGUGGUGAAUCAUUUACUCGGAAAGAUACUCUAAUUAAACACAAACGUAUUCAUACGGGAGAGAAGCCAUAUCAGUGUGAUAUCUGUGGUAAAUCAUUCUCUUAUAGCAGUAGCCUCACUAAACACAAACCUGUUCAUACAGGAGACAAGCCAUAUCAGUGUGAUAUCUGUGGUAAAUCAUUCUCUUAUGGCAGUAGCUUCACUAAACACAAACCUGUUCAUACAGGAGAGAAGCCAUUUGACUGUGACAUUUGUGGUGAAUCAUUUACUCGGAAAGAUACUCUAAUUAAACACAAACGUAUUCAUACAGGAGAGAAGCCAUAUCACUGCGAUAUCUGUGCUAAAUCAUUCUCUCAAAGCAGUAACUUAACUAGACACAAACGUGUUCAUACAGGAGAGAGGCCAUAUCAGUGUGAUAUCUGUGGUAAAUCAUUCUCUGAAGGAAGUCAACUAUCUAUACACAAAUUCACUCACACAGGAGAGAAACCCUAUCACUGUGAGAUCUGUGGUAAAUUAUUUACUGAGAAAGGUACUCUAAUUACACACAAAUGUAUUCAUACGGGAGAGAAGCCAUAUCGGUGUGAUAUCUGUGGUAAAUCAUUCUCUGAUGGCAGUGGCUUAACUAGACACAAACUUGUUCAUAUAGGAGAGAGGACAUACCACUGUGAUAUCUGUGGUAAAUCAUUCUCCCGAAGUGAUCACUUAGCUAAUCACAGACGUGUUCAUACAGGAGAGAAGCCAUAUCGGUGUGAUAUCUGUGGUAAAUCAUUCUCUGAUGGCAGUUGCUUCACUAGACACAAAUCUGUUCAUAUAAUAGAGGUGAUAUCUGUGCAUCAUGUUCAGGAAAUAAUCUCCGAUAUGUUUGUUCAGCAUUCUUCCUUAAAUGUUUCGUUAAAAGGUCCAGAAAACGACUCACCUUUAAAUUUCCUUGGGUUAUGUAAAUACCUCAACAGAGUCAAGGUUUUAGCUGGGGGGAAAACAAGCAUUUUCGUGAGCCAAAUCUGUUUGACAGUUGGCUUAUGUCAGCUUCAUCAUCACUGUCGUCUGUUACGGCGAUCACUGUCGUCUGUAACAACUGAUGCCGGAAUCAGUCAAUGGGAGACAACUCGUACUGGCUUGCUUCGUCUGGUUGCCGUUAAGGCAAAGGUGUUUGGACGACGUGUUCUUAUCUGUAGUGAAAGACGCUCCAGCCGAGACCGUCAUGCCUUUGAUUUGGAUAUAUUCUAUGUUCUGCUGUGA